AUGGCGGAGUUAAACCGACAGCUUCAGGAAUAUUUAGCCCAGUCUAAGAGCGGUGCAAAGACAAUAUCGCAGUCGAGCUCCAGCACUACAGUGAACAUCGAUGAAGCCGACAGCAGUGUUCCGGGCAGCUGGUUCGGUCGGUGGUCGAGUCCGUUCUCAGGUCGCGGCGGAUCCUCCACAGGCCCGAGCUCGAGCAGCGGGUUUUCCUGGCCGUGGUCUGCGGAACCCGAUCCGUGUCUGCCGGGCGUGAGUCGGUCUCAGCGGCUGGUCGCAUUCGGGGUGUGUAUCUUGUUUUCGGCGCUGUGUUUCGGGCUCUCGGCUCUGUAUGCGCCGCUGCUGUUACUGAAGGCGAGGAAAUUCGCUCUGCUGUGGUCCCUCGGCUCGCUUUUCGCGCUGACCGGCGCCGCCGUCCUGCGCGGUCCGAGCCGCAUGAUCGCCGCCCCGUCCCCGGGGGCCGUGAUAUACCUGUGCUCGCUGGGGGCGACGCUGUACGCGGCGCUGGGGCUCCACAGCACCAUGCUCACGGCGCUCGGAGCCAUCGUGCAGAUCGGCGCUAUAGUGGGCUACGUGGUGUCUCUGGUGCCCGGUGGCAGCGCGGGGAUGAGGUUUGUCGGCGGAAUGGCUGCAUCAGCCAUCAAAAGGACAGUGACCGGCAAAACCAUGCCCAUAUGAGCACAACUUUCGGACAAAAUACAGGACUAAACACUAAUCCGGUGUGCAGGAAGAAUGUGUUUUAAAUCUUGGGAUGCUUCGUGUCUUAAUCUGGUGUGCAGAUUACCAGUGUGUAGUCCUGGAAGCACUCAUCAGCUGCUGUGAUGAAUAGGCUGGUUUCUGCAUUUAUCUGGAUUAACUGCAGACUAAUUCAGAUUGUUCUACUGUGAAAUGAGAGGACCAAAGCAGUACUUACGCACAUCUAACAGAUUUUGUGACAUUGUAAAUAAAGUCAUGGACAUUAACAGUG